UGGAGAGUUUGAUGAGAAGAUUGGCGAUAACAACACUUGUUAUUGUUUCGUUGUUGAUGAAACCCUGUGAAGCACUUAAACACGAUGUCGGGGGGACUAAAUAUAAUGGUUGGGCACCAAAUAAGAUGAACUAUACAUCAGAUUGGGCUAGCCAUGAACAAUUCUAUGUUGGUGAUUGGCUUUAUUGGGGAUUUGAUGAGCCAAGGAUAAAUAGGCAGCUGUAUAGCGUGUUUGAAGUGAACAAGACAGAUUAUGAAUCAUGUUCAACAGAUCAUCCUCUUUACAAUAUAUCGAAAGGAGGAGGACGCGACGUAUACCAACUUAAUCAUUCUAGACCCUAUUAUUUCAUCAGCGGCGGAGGUUUUUGUUGGCAAGGUAUGAAGCUCACUGUUGUGGUUCAUGAACUACCGCCAGCACCAACAGAAGCACCGUCGUCCGGUGGGUCGACCUAUUUGUCUGCAAGUUUGCCUGGCAUAUUCGCGAUUGCUGCAGCAACCGCACUCGGAGCCGUCUUAUAAGCCGGGCCAGCUAGGCUAUUUUCUAGAGCUUCACAUUGUUCGGGUCCAAAUUUUUAACUUUUCAUACGGUUUAUUCUAUUUAUUUAUUUUUAAGCAUUAAAAUGUUGUUUGUUCCUUAAGUACCAUCUACUGCUUUCCAAUUCCAUAUAGCUAUCUACUUUUGCACACUUUUAUGUAAGAACAUCAGAAUU